AUCAAGAUGCAGGCUCCCGUGGGUCUCCUCAGCUCCCCAGCUCUGCUCCGCUGCUGCUCCCGGGCUCUGGCCAGGCCAGUCUCAGCCUCAGUUUUCAGCAGACCUGAGCUUCAGACUCUACAGCCUGCUGGAGUGUCCCCCCCCGAGCUGCCCCGCCGUGGUUUCCAGACCAGCUCCGUGUCCCGGGACAUCGACACGGCUGCCAAGUUCAUCGGGGCUGGGGCUGCCACCGUGGGGGUGGCAGGGGCUGGAGCAGGGAUUGGGACAGUGUUUGGCAGCUUGAUCAUUGGCUAUGCCAGGAAUCCAUCUCUCAAGCAGCAGCUCUUCUCCUAUGCCAUCCUGGGCUUUGCCCUCUCCGAGGCCAUGGGGCUCUUCUGUUUGAUGGUGGCAUUCCUCAUCCUCUUUGCUAUGUGACAUCUCCUGGGCCUGGCUGCAGCUUCCAUCCCUCUGUCCUCUCUGGGCUGAGUCUGCUUCCACCACAGCGUUCCAGACUGACAAUUAAAGAAAAGAUUUCUCUAAAUAAAC